AGUUAGCAAUGAUUCUGCUUAUAACUCAUGUUGUACUUUGUGCAGCUUUUGUAAAUACAGUGAUGAUAUCUAAUGAUAUUCUGGAUGAUAGUGUUGAUAAAGUUUUAGAGCCACCUCCUAUGGAGCGAUGUUACCCAGGUUUGGGAUGUUUUGGGCUGGACUAUCCCUGGGUCUCUGUAGAGAGGCCGUUCCGUCGUCUGCCAGACAGUCCACUUGAUAUAGGCACUGUCUUCUACCUAAGCACGAGAACGUAUAGAAAUACACAGAGACAGCUUGUGAAGACAGAACCAGAUAUCUCACUCCUAGGCCUAGACUGGGACAGCCGUCGGUGGACUGUCAUUCUCACUCACGGCUUUCGCUCGAGUGGUAACAUUUCAUGGGUCAGAGAAUUGGAAAACACACUGUUAGAUAUUAGAGACAUGAACGUUGUGACCUGUGACUGGAGCAAGGGCAGUGAUGGUCUGCAAUAUAUUAGAGCAGCUGUGAACUCCAGAGUGGUGGGUGCUCAGGUCGCCAGAUUCAUUAGUUACUUGUUGGAGAACAAGCUGGCAGUGGUGGACAGGAUUCAUCUGAUUGGCCACAGCCUUGGUGCUCAUGCAUUGUCCUACGUGUCUGCCAAGAUCAAGAACAUCGCUAGACUAACAGGUUUAGACCCGGCACAGCCCGGGUUUGAGGGAGCUCACCCGGACACCCGUCUGAACCCGAGUGACGCAAUGUUUGUUGAUGUCAUUCAUACCAACGCUGACCACUUCAUCACCUGCCUUGGGUUGGGAAUGAUGACACCCGUGGGUCAUGUGGACUUUUUUGUAAAUGGUGGUCAGAAACAACCUGGCUGUUGGUUUAACAAAGGCAUUCUCUGGGAACACAUAGCUGCUUUGACUGAAGCUGUUAUUGAGCAGUUGGCAGAUAUAAUCGGCUGUAGCCAUGAACGUGCUUGGACAUACUACAUUGAGUCUCUCAGAUCAAACUGCUCUUUCUGGGGCAAGCAAAUGACACUGUUAAAGGGUGUUUUGGCGAGUCGAUGCACUCCUCAAACCUGUCAGCAAAUGGGACGCUACACAAGUGUGUUUCCUGGCCGAGGCACCUUUGCUGUUACAACCAAUGCUAGACCCCCAUUCUGUAUCAAAGAGCCAUUGAAUGAUUACAUAAUGACAUAUCAUAGAAUGGGUCUAACCAAACCAGGCAUCGAACAGGAAAAAUACGGAGGAAUAUAG